UAGGCGGUGACGUCAUAAAGCUCGUCUGUCCGCAUAACAAGUCAGUUGUCGAUAAUCCUUCGACUGGACAAACCACAGAAGAUUUAUACAGCUAACAUCAUACUUUAAAGAAAUUCUAGAACAAAUUCAGGAAUGUCAACUUUUACCAUAGAAGAAGGAGCGAUUAUUACAAGUAAUAGCAGGACUUAUCGGGUUAUAAAAGUCUCUCAAGUGGAUGAUGAUACUGCAACUUUGGCUGUUUGUAAAGUUCAAGAAACUGGCGAAAUCUUGACUUUGAAAUGCAUUCAGAGAAAGUUAUUUUCCAAGUAUAAACAAGAAGCAACAGUAUUUUACUACCUCAAAGAUCGGAAUCCUGAUGAAAACAACUUAAUCAAGUUUACAGAAAUAUUUGGAUUCCAUGACUGGUUUUGCAUUGGUCUAGAAAAACUUGACAUGAGACUGUCUGAUUUCAUGAUUAGCAGAAACUUUAAACCUUUGGAAGUUCAUGAAAUCAGACUGAUUGCCAAGCAACUACUGCUAGCUCUAAAUCAUUUGCACAGCGUGUCCCUCGCUCAUUUGAACUUAAGAGCAGAAGAUAUUUCUUUAGUGGAUCAUAAAUCACAGCCGUUCAAAGUAAAGCUGAGUGGAUUCGGUUUUGCUGGAAAAAUUUCAAAGCUCUCAAAAAUGGAAAUUCCUAAAACUCUUGGUUACUGCGCCCCAGAGGUUCUCUUGGACUGUCCACUUAAUCAGAGUGUGGAUAUAUGGAGUCUUGGUUCACUUCUCGCAUCUCUGUUUGUGGGAAGGCCUCUGUUUCCAACAGAAUGUGCUUACGGAUAUUUAAAAAUUAUUACGAAGCUUUUUGGUCAGCCUGACCAAAGCCUCCUUGAGCAGGGGCGAGCUGUUCAGCAGUAUUUUACACAAAGCUCUGGCUGGAUGUUUAAAACGGCUGAAGAAUACACACGGGAUACAGGAACGAAGAUUCAGGAAAGUCAGCCAAAUUAUUAUCAUAUAGAGUCUCUGGAUGAUUUGGUGAAACAAGCAGCAAAAACAGAAGACAACAUUGAGUUUAAGGACACAUCCGCAUUUGUAGAUUUACUGAAAAAGAUGUUAACUUUGAACCCAGAAGACAGAAUUUCCCCAGCUGAUGCCCUCAACCACAGAUUUAUAACAAUGGAGCAUGUUCCUGUCUCUAAUGCAUCAGAGACGCAUGAAAUCCCAGCAGUAAGCCAAAUCACUGGUCAAGAUGUGAAAAUUCAUGAGUCAGACUUGGACGUGGCAGACUCAUGCAAAAACCCGGAGCCUUCAAUGCUGGAAUUAGAGAAAGGGGUCAAAAUUAUCAACCAAUCAGAUGUUUAUCAAAUUGAGGACGUACUAGGAUCUAAGGGUUCUACACAAUUGGUGACGUGCAGAAAAGAGGGGACAAACGACACCGUAAAAGUGAAGAUUUUCAGAAAAGAAAAGCAUUGGCAAGCUGAGAUGGAGAUAAACGUGUACAACCAUCUCAAUGAUUUGGACUCAGGCAAAACCAAUCUGAUCAGAUUAAUUGUCUCAUUUACUUACAAAGACUGCAUUUGCCUUGUUUUUAAACUUUCAUACCCAAGAGUUUCUGACUCACCAGAAAAACAAGAUCCCAAACCUGCGAGUGUGGCUGAAAAUGCAAGCACUGAUGUGUCAGAGGGCCCAUUCACUCACCCAGGAAGUGCCACAGAGGGGGAAAAUCAUAAGUCAGGUCUGAACCUGACAGAAUCAAGCGAGGAAAUACAAUCUUCAACUUUAGAGGUGGGGAAAGGUGUUAAAAUCAUUGACCAAUUGAAUGUUUACAUAAUUGAGAGAUUACGUGGGUCUGGGACAUUUGGAAAAGUUUUCAAAUGCAAAAAAGAGCAAACAGGUGAGAUAGUAGCUGUAAAGGUGUUUAACAAGUAUGAGCGCUAUUUUGCUGAUUUGGAGUUGAAGGCAUAUAACGAGCUCAGUGUUCUGGAGGCAGACAAAAACAACUUUAUCAGAGUUUUUGACUCUUUUAUCUACAAAAACCACACGUGUCUUGUUUUAGAACAUUUAGAUGUAAAUCUGUUUCAGUUGGUAUUAAGAAGACGUCCUAGACAUUUAAGUGUGGCUGAAAUCCGACCCAUCGCUGAACAGCUGUUGGUCUCCCUCAGAGCUCUGAAAAGCAUUGGUUUGACUCACACAGACAUAAAACCAGAUAAUAUAAUGCUCGUACAUUCUGAUUCCAAGCCCUUUAAGAUCAAAUUGAUUGAUUUUGGGCUAGCUGUUAAGACAGCUAAUUUAUCAAGCACUUCUUGGAUGCAACCUAAAGGUUACAGGGCACCUGAGGUUUUUCUGGGUCUUCCACGUGAUGAAGGGAUUGAUAUGUGGGGCCUUGGUUGUGUACUGGUCUUUCUGUUUGUGGCCAAUCAUAUGUUUCCACUUGACGACUACAGAGCUAUGAGGCAAAUUGUUAGACUGAUGGGUCUACCUGUCAAUAGCAUGCUUGAGAAUGGAGCACAUGCCAAUCGCUUUUUUAUACAAGAAGAAAAAAAACAGAAGGGUCAGCACAUCAGACAACUUUUAAAACUGGGCAAGGGCAAACCUAAACUUAUUUGGAGACUGAAAACUAAAACUGAAUAUGAACAGGACACAGAACGGCGCGCUUGCAAAGCAGACAAUGUAAAGCGUCGUUUGAAGUCUCUAGACGAUCUUCUGAUCAUGGCACCAGAUUUAAAAAAUCACACCGAAAUAGCAGAAAUAAAAGCUUUUAUAAACCUACUUAGAAAGAUGUUAGCUCUGAAUCCAGCUGAUCGAAUUCAUCCGAAGAAUGCUCUCAAGCACAAAUUCAUCAAGAUGGGGCAUCUUCCUGGUUCGAGCUCUGACACACAACAGAGAAAACCAACAGAAAGCCAUAUUACUGACCAAGAUAAUGUCACAGAAGUGGAAACUCACAAGUCAGUCUUAUAUCCAACAGAAUCACAAGAUGACAAGGAAUCCUCAACUUUAAAAUUGGAGAAAGAAGUUAAAAUUAUUAACCAGUCAGAUGUUUACCAAAUUGAGGAAGUACUUGCAUCCAGGGAAUAUAUACAAUUAGUCCAGUGCAGAAAAGAAGGAACAGAUGAGAAAGUGGCAAUAAAAGUAUUUAGAAAAGAAAAUCGGCUGCAAGCGAUGAUGGAGGUUAAUGCGCAAGACAAUCUUACUGAUGUAGACUCAGAAAAAAGCAACGUGAUGAGAUUAAUUGACUGUUUUAUCUACAAGGACACCGUCUGCCUUGUCUAUGAACUUUCACAUCAUGUAAGUGUUUCCAACUUAUUGGCAAAACAAGAUCAAACCUAAAUUCAGACCUAUCACUCAACACAUGAACGAGAAACGGGACAGAUGAGUAUGCCAGUUAAACCAUAUUUUUAGGGCUCUGGAUGAUGUUCUGAUAAGUUCUUUCUGUGAAAUUCAUCACCACCAAACACUGA